GACUGUCGUCAGUAUCUACACAUAAAGCGCGGAUAUCAUAUGAUCUAAUUUGGAUUAUAAAUUAUCAUUUGGAUAAAUUAGAUGUUCGUAUAAAAUAUCUAAUAAUAGAUUGUGUAGAUAUUUGCUAGAAACGCUUUUUGUAGUAUUUGUUAAGUCAGUGACAGUAAAGGGUGCCAGAGAGUCAGACCGAGCGGAACCGGACACUAGUCUGUCUGUCUGGUUCCGGUCAGGGAUCGGGUCCAGACAGUAAACCCGAAUCAAAAUGGCGUCCGCCGGUCCACCCGACACGGGCUUAUCCGCCCCUCCAGAUCUAAGGACUCCAUUUUGGAGGCUGUUGGCCUCUCGGAGAGGGUCCAGCGGAGUUCGAAAGAUGACCAUGACGGAGGGGCCGGGAUCAUCUCAGAGUAUGAAGAAGACUAUCGGUCACCGAGGAGUUGACCCCACAGGAGAAACAACUUACAAAAAGACGACCUCAUCCGCCCUCAAAGGUGCCAUCCAGCUGGGUAUCACACACACUGUGGGCAGCCUCAGUCAGAAAGCAGAGAGAGAUGUUCUCAUGCAGGACUUCUAUGUAGUGGAGAGCAUCUUCUUCCCCAGUGAAGGAAGUAAUUUGACCCCAGCGCAUCACCACGGUGACUUCAGGUUUAAGACCUACGCCCCCAUCGCCUGAUAUUUCAGAGAACUCUUUGGCAUUCGACCUGACGAUUAUCUGUACUCUCUGUGUAAUGAUCCUUUGAUCGAAUUGUCCAACCCUGGAGCGAGUGGAUCGAUAUUUUAUGUGACAAGCGAUGAUGAGUUCAUUAUUAAAACAGUGCAGCACAAAGAGGCAGAGUUCCUGCAGAAGCUACUGCCUGGGUACUUCAUGAAUCUGAAUCAGAACAAGAGAACGCUGCUCCCAAAGUUUUACGGCUUGUAUUGCGUGCAGUCGGGUGGAAAGAACAUCCGUAUCGUUGUAAUGAAUAACCUGUUGCCCCGCAGUGUGCCUAUGCACCUCAAAUACGACCUGAAGGGCUCCACGUACAAGCGGCGUGCCUCUCCUAAAGAGAGAGAGAAGAAGGUCCCCACUUGCAAAGAUCUGGAUUUCAUCCAGGAUAUGCCCGAGGGCAUCCAGCUAGAACCAGACAACUACAACGCCCUCUCCAAAACCAUCCAGCGGGACUGCCUGCUGCUGCAGAGCUUUAAGAUUAUGGACUACAGUCUGUUGGUGGGGAUCCAUAACGCAGAUCAGGCAUCCCGUGUGCGAGCAGGGGUAGUAGAGUGCGGGGGGUCCGAGGGGGCCGUGACGCCAGACCACAGGAGGCCACAGGCUCAGAAAGCUCUCUACAGCACCGCUAUGGAGUCCAUACAGGGAGAGGCCAAAGGAAAAGGAACCCUGGAAACAGAAGACCAAUGGGGAGGUAUCCCUGCACGCAACAGUAAAGGAGAGAGAAUACUGAUUUAUAUUGGGAUCAUCGACAUAUUACAGUCAUACAGAUUUAUUAAAAAAAUAGAGCAUUCUUGGAAGGCCUUGGUUCAUGAUGGGGACACGGUCUCUGUACAUCGGCCUGGAUUCUAUGCUGAGCGAUUCCAGCGUUUCAUGUGCAACACAGUUUUUAAGAAAGCACUAAAAUCGUCUCCCUCUAAGAAGAGUCGAAGUGGCUGUUCGAGUGUUGUGAGACGGCUUCCAAUGGGAAGCUCUGCUUCUGCUCCCGGUGGACAGACAGUCGCUGACGCCAGACUGGUGUACCGUACUCACCUCAACCAGACUGAUACAGAAGGAGAGAGUGGCAUGCAGCCGGGCAGACCGGACCUGCUUCCACAAACUGAUCCUUUGGCUGGAAGCUCCGGUGAGUUUGCCGCAACAAAUUUGCCCAACUCCUCACCUGGCAGCAGAAUGACGUCAUCUUCACCUCCUCAAAGGUCAGUAGGGGUGGAGGUGCACAAAUCUGCAGUCGUUGAGCCUGACAACAGCGCCCCUCACAGCACUGGAGCCGAAUGCUUAGAUGAGCAGUUAAGUAACGAAGAUGCUGUUUCUCUCAAAGACAUCAUCCCAGAAACUGACAUUUGUUUUUAAGAGCAGAGCGACGACUGAUGACACUAGAGCUGAGAAGAGAUGGACACGGGACCUCAAAAGAGAUGAAGGGCGCUUCUGAGCGCUGGUAUGAUGGGGAUUUUCUCUCAAUGGGAGCUUCAGAAAGAACUUCAGGUCUUCAGCACAAUGAAAUAUGUUUUAAACGUGAGUGAGAGAGAGACAGAGAGAAUGAAGGAAAGCCACCGAGCGAGUUUUAGUGGCUUUUUCUCUUUCUCUUGCACAGGAAAUGCUGCUAAAAACCAAUUUCAACAACAAAAUUAUUAGAAAAGUGAUGUUAGUAUCUCAGUCACACACUUUACUGCCUUUGUUCGCUCUUAAACAUUUAAAACAGAGCAAGCAGGAUGCACAAACUCUUUAGUUUUCCCUUCCUAGCUAGUGCUGGGAGGAAAAAACACGUUACACAGUUGGCACCACUUUAUAGUGUCGUUGGAGGCUAUGUUGCAUAAAUCUUUAUUAGCAUAGAUCUUUAUUUAUAUAGGCCUUUAAACCGUUUGAUUCUCUCUGAACUGGCGUGACUCGGAAUAAUGGCUGCUAGCGCUCCAGUACACUUAUCUCAGAAGGCAUUAUUCUGUGUCGGAGUGUGUGUCAGAGAUAAGCAGACAACUUAUAUUUCUCAGUGGCUUCUGUAUAUACAUAUAUGAAGGUUAAUUUUUUUAUGACUUUUUUUUUUUUUUGAGUAAAUCUGAUGAGAGCAUCUCAUUGGUGAGUUUUCCAGCUCUUUCUGUGUUUAAGACAGCAUGCGCCCUAAGAGCAACAAAAAUAUGGGGUGGGGGUGAAAUGACCAAAAAUGAUUCCCACUUUGUAAAAAGUAAAUGCAUUUGAAUGUUACAGAUAAAAUAGCUUUGUAUAUUCAAAAUAUCCCGUAUUUCAUGGUUAGUUGCUUUACAGUUGCCUUCUUUGAGGUGCCACUAAGUAGAUUCAGAUUUUUCUCUUAUUUAAUUCAGAUGCUUGGUUUGCCUUUGAAUCUCUAUGCAUCUGUCUUUUGCAUUUUAUUUUUUCCUCCACUGCCCAUUCUCCUCCAUACUGGACCAAUCAACUGUCAAGGCUGAGAAAUGGACGGACCUGCUUGCAUGCCAUAUUCUCUCUUUUCAAUGCACAUAUUGCUGCCAUGCCAAGGGCCCCCUAAUAAUUGUGUACUGUUUAUGUGUAUAUAGUUCUGUAAAUAUUCAUUCUGUGUUCCUGUACGUUUUAAAACGCUACUAAUGUGCUCUUCUGACACAGCAGCUGUUGUCUUUUCACUAACAUAUUAACGAGCAGUCUGAAUGAUUGAUGUUCCAUAACGUCUUCCAGUCAUCUGCCUUAAUGCAGCUAUUGAAGGCAACGCGUUGGUAUAAAAACACUCAUUUCUGCUGGAUACAGAAUGGCCUCCAAUCACUUGGACCAACAUCGAAAUGCUCAUGAAAAAUCAUUUCAGAUCUACCUGCUACAGAUGAAUUUGUCACACUAUGCAUGUUUACCGGCCCUUUCAUAAAACCUAAGCAUUUUCUAGCAUUAUACACAAUGUAGUGUGUAGACAAGACUUAAGCUGAAUUUGAAUUUAAGAAAUGUAAGCUGAAUUUAUAUUCUUCUAACUGUUUGUACUGUCGAUAGAUGCAAAAUUUCCAACUGACAGGACUUAAAAUCCUUUUUAACCGCGUAAAUGUUCUUUGGUACAUUUGUACUUUUAGACUCACCCUGAGAUUAAAUAAUCUAAGUGGAAAAAGAAAGAAAGAAAUAGACACUAAGGGGCUAUACCAGGGCACAUGUGAACACUUUAGUUUAUAGAGGAGCUGGAAAGAAAACCGAAGAGCCUUAGCUCAAUAAAAGCUCUCGAUGAAGCUGCCUUUCUUUUAUCGCUUCCAUUUGGCUCAUAAUGUUUAACAGAGGAAAUGGGCUUUAAUGGAUCUAUCGUUAAGACAGGCAUUACUUACAGUUUCUCUUUGGCUGUUACUCAAACAAUAGUCUGAGCUGAAGUCAGGCUUGGAUACCUGAGUUGCACACAGAUCUGAGAUUGAUAUCGCAGUCUUGAAGUAUUUAGAGGAAGGGCUGACUGUAGUCUUGAACAGUGUUGUAUUGUGUUAAGAGCAGUCGGUGAACCGCAGCUCUUAAAAUCGUGCAGGUUUGGGACCGAAGUGAUCUUUUGCAGAGGAUUUGCUUUUGCAGACCUGAAGAAAAUGCAGAUAGAAUAUGCAAAGGAAGUACUCUGACAGUCUUUCACAAGACUGCAUUGAAGAACUUUUCUAUACAGCUUCACAGUGGAUGCCGUAUUUAUGCAUAUUCAAGAUGUUUUGAUAUUUUUACAUGUUUGGAAAAAAUGUGUACCUGUGGACAGAAGUUAUAGGGUUUGGGUUAGUGGGUAUUUUUAAGUUUCAUUUUGUUUUUUGCAUUUGAAGCAUUUCAGCGACCUUUUUCAAGUCUUUGUCAGAUGUUACACGUUUAAUCAUGUUACAGAACAUUUUGAUAAUGCACCUUAAUGCUGCACAAAACUGAAUGAUCUACCCCACAACAUGCUAAAAUCACUAAAAACUAGAUCUAAACUUAGUUUGUAAUUUGAAAGUGGCACUGAUUUUGAAAUCAAAUAUAUGCAAUUUGCUAUUUUACAGGCAUAUUUUCUUUUUUGUGUCACAAUGCCUUGAUUUACAUUUUUACAUUUUAUAAUCAAAUUUUUAUCCCCUCUCUGUUCAAAGUUACUGGGUCUAUAAUGAUGUUACUUUUAUAAAACCUUGCAAACAAUGUUCGUAUUCAUUUCACUUUCCAACGUGGUGCUUUUAUUUGCUCUGUGUAAUGCCUGAUUGGAGGUUCUAAAAUCCAUAACUCAGAAACUGAUCUUUGAUCAGCUCUCAGUGGCUUAAUUUCACAGUUGGCCUGUGGGGUAGUUUUCUGGAAGCUCAAGCUUUGAAGUUUAUAUGGUUUUUUUAUUAUUAUUAUUUACUCUUCACAAUUUAGGCCUCACUCUCAUUUCUGCUUCUCUGUGGGGUUUUUUAUUAUUUAUUAAUCUGUUUAUGGUUACAAGACACAACAAUCACUGCCUUUCAUUGACCAACACUCAGUACUGAUUAAUUAAUGUGUUGUUAUGUGUAGAAUGAUGUUCCGCUCCUCUAAAUCACACUAAAAAAUCUUAACAUCUUGACUUUAACUUCCCAAAAAUGUAAUGAAGAUGAAAGUAAAACUGAGAAUGCAAUGUGAUCAGUCAAACAAAGACAGCUAUUUUUCAUAUGCUUUGUCCAGUGUUUGUAUUAAUACAGUGAAACAGAUAUUUGCACAACAGACACAUCAGUCGUGCACAGUGCACACCGGAUUAAAUGCUGGCAACUUGGACACUAAACAAGACAACCAACCUACUGCAAUAUGAACGUUUCUGCCAAUGUAUUUCAGUGAUUGUAUUUAUUAAGAAAUGUCUUGUUUCUCUUCUCUUCUUUUUUUUUACUUUGUGGACCUGUAUGGAUUUUGAAUUCUCUAUGUACCGUAGAUGAUUGUAUGUAUUAUGUAAUCUGGCAGAAAGCAGUUUCUGUGAUCUAAGUAGUAUGUAUUUUAUUUCGGGUCGGAGGGAAGUUGUCGACAAUAUAAAGCAUUUUUGUAUUUUAUGUGUUUAGGGUAUGUCCAUGGUUAAUAUUCCUAUUCAUUAUAAAUCUGUGAAAGCUCUUCCUCAGCUUUUCUACAUGUGAAUGUGUGGCGGUGUCAGAAAUAAUGACUGACAACCGUAAGUGCUUUGAGGUCUAUAUUUUUACCGGGCCUGUAUAAAACGUGUAUAUAAUGUGUAAAUAAGCAAGUCACGGAAAUGCCUUUUUCUUGUGCGGUGUUUGCAGCCUGUUUCUCCUACCAUCUUUCAGUGAUGUGGUGAUGCUGUUUUUUCACAUUGUCUUUCUGAUUUAAAAAGAAUAAAAUAUUUUCCAAACCA